GGUCACGGGGCCGGGGGUCGGAAGCCGCGUGGGCCCCAUGGGGUCCCACGGCGCCCCCCCGAGCCGCUGCCGGUGAUGGAGGACAGCGAAGCCCUGGAGGAUGAGCUCGACGAGAUGAUGACCGCGGCGCCCAGGAAGGAGGAGGCGGAGACGGAGCCGGAGGCGGAGCUCGCCGACCUGCUGCCCAUCGUGGACUCAGUGUUCGGACAGGACAGAGAGCUGCGACCGGAGGAGAUUGAAGAGCUGCGCGAGGCGUUCGUGGAGUUCGACCGGAACAAGAAGGGCUACAUCAGCUGCGGGGACCUGGGCGAGUGCAUGCGGACCAUGGGCUACAUGCCCACCGAGAUGGAGCUGAUCGAGCUCAGCCAGCAGAUCUGUGCGGUAAAGUGGAACUUUGAGGACUUUGUGGAGCUGAUGGGCCCCAAAAUGCUGGCCGAGACGGCCGACAUGAUAGGCAUCAAGGAACUUCGGGAUGCGUUUAAAGAGUUCGACACCAACGGCGACGGGCAGAUCAACAUCAUGGAGCUCAGGGAGGCCAUGAAGAAGCUGAUGGGAGAGCAGCUUACCAACCGGGAGAUCGACGAGAUCCUCAGAGACGUUGACCUCAACGGAGACGGCUGGGUCGACUUUGAGGAAUUCGUGCGAAUGAUGUCACGUUGACUUAGUCCAGAUGUCGGAAAGUGUGGACGACCGGAAAAGUAGAUGGGAGUCUAUAACAUAACCCCUGGAAAGUAGAAGAGAUCAAACAGAGUUGUAGUAGACAUUUUUCUUGAUGCACUAGCGAGCAAUUUAUAGCGCUGUUUUUUUUUAUAAAGUUGCACUGAAAAGUAUAGCCUAGUUGCUCUGAAGAUACAGCGGGCAUUUUGCCCGACAUGUGGUGUAUGGAUAAUGUACAAGGGUGGUAGAGGGGAUUAGGUCAAAUGAGCCUUGUGAAACAGCUGUGGGACAUAUCAAAGCUUUAUAUAGACAACCACACAGUAUUUAUGUUUAAUUUUAUAAAUGUAUUUUUGAUAUAUUCAUGUUUGUCGUUUGAGUGGAAAGCCUUGUUUAUAAAAUUCGAUGUUUUCUUUUUUUAAUAAAACAAAAUCAUUGAUGUCA